AACAGAAGGGAGAGGACAGCGGGGCAUACACUCUCCCAACACCUGCACCUGGUCACUUGAAUCUCACUCAGUCACCUCCAAACUCACUUUUACGGAUCAGCGGACCAACAUCUCGAUCACAUCACGGUGAUGGUUGUUGCCAUCCAGGUUUAAACUUUUUUCUCUCUCUUUUUUUUUUUUUUUGGAAAGAGUGGAAAAGGCGUUAAAGGAUUAGUUGUUUCCCCCUCCUCCUUCUCCUCCUUUUUUUUAAAAAAAUAUGUUGAGUGAAUGCCUUUGGUCAAUGGCGACCGAUUAGCCUUCGGUUUUUCCUCAGAAGAGGAAUUAGCAAACCUAUCGGAUUGUUUUAUGCCUGCGCAGAGCUGCUGACAGAGAUUUUCCAGCCCAGCUCCGAGGCGCAAAACGCGAGGAGUGCAGCGGUAACAUCCCGCAAGUUUGGGAUCUGAAAGGCACGGCGGCUUUCCCGAAAGCCCGGUAUCAAAGGUGCGAAGAUUUGGACGUUGUUCUCUCCUGCCAAACGAGACGUCUUGCCUUGGAAGGCUGCAGGCCAAACUUCUGAUCAGAGAGAUCAGAGAAAAUUUAGAUCUCUGUGGGCUACCUGCGUGACUGUUACCAUGACAGCAUCUGGAGCCCAGCUCCUCCUUUUGGCCCUCUGUGUUUGCAGAAGCUUGGGCGUGCAGCAGUCUGCUCCUCGGGUUCGCCUCUCCUUUAAAGAACUGAUGGACACAAGAGCGGCACGACCCUUCAGCUUCACCUUCAAUACCAGCGAUUACCGUGUACUUCUGAUGGAUCAGGACCAGGGACGUCUGUACUUGGGCAGCCGGGAGUACCUGGUGGCUCUGGACAUGCACAAUGUUAACAAGGAGCCACUCAUAAUCCACUGGCCAGCAUCUGCUAAGAGAAAGGGAGAAUGUCAGAUGACAGGAAAGGGAAAACAGGGUGAAUGUGCCAACUUUGUGCGGUUGAUAGAGCCGUGGAACCGCACCCACCUCUACACUUGUGGAACAGGAGCGUACCAACCCAUCUGCACAUUCAUCAACAGAGGCUGGAGGGCAGAGGACUACCUGUUUAGGCUGGUCCCUGGGUAUGUGGAUUCGGGGAAGGGAAAAUGUUCCUAUGAUCCCAAACAGGAGAAUGUUGCAGUUUUGAUCAAUGGUAAUCUAUAUGCAGGGGUACAUAUCGACUUCAUGAGUACAGAUGCUGCUGUGUUUAGGACCAUGGGAGGAAGAACGGCAAUCAGGACAGAGCAGUAUGACUCCAGAUGGCUCAACGAGCCUGUGUUUAUUCGAAUCCAGCAGAUCCCUGACAGUGCAGAAAAGAAUGACGACAAACUGUACUUCUUUUUCCGAGAGAAGAGUCUAGACUCCAGCGGCGGGGCGAGUCCCACUGUUUUAGCCAGGGUGGGAAGAGUGUGUCUGAAUGACGAAGGAGGACAGAAGUCCCUGGUGAACCGCUGGACGACGUUCCUGAAGGCUCGUCUUAUCUGUUCGGUGAUAGGAGAAGACGGGGUGGAGACACGAUUUGACGAACUACGGGAUGUGUUUAUACAGCCAACGCAGGAUGAACGAAACCCUAUGGUGUACGCUCUCUUCACUACAGCAGGCUCUGUGUUCAAGGGAUCAGCAGUCUGUGUUUACUCGAUGGCUGAUAUCCGCAACGUAUUCAACGGACCGUUUGCCCACAAACAUGGCCAUAAUUAUCAAUGGACAGAGUACACUGGCAAGAUUCCCUACCCAAGGCCUGGAACGUGUCCAGGAGGAACCUUCACUCCUGGUAUCCAAUCCUCAAAGAACUUUUCAGAUGAGGCUGUGAAUUUCAUCAGAGCCCAUCCCCUCAUGUUUCAUUCAGUUUAUCCUAUCCAUCGCCGCCCCCUGGUGGUGAGAACUGGUGUGGACUAUAGGUACACUGCCCUGGUGGUGGAUCAGGUGGAUGCUGUUGAUGGACGCUAUGAAGUGCUCUUCCUGGGGACAGAUCGAGGCACUGUGCAAAAGGUAAUAGUUUUGCCUAAGGACCCAACGAGCAUGGAGGAGUUGACACUAGAGGAAGUGGAGGUUUUUCGGACCAGAGCACCAGUCAAGACUAUGAAAAUAUCAUCUAAAAGACAACAGCUGUACGUGUCAUCAGACGCCGGGCUGACCCAAGUGUCGCUUCACCGCUGCGGGGUGUACGGCAGGGCCUGCUCUGACUGCUGUCUGGCUCGGGACCCCUACUGUGCCUGGGAUGGAGAGAGUUGCUCUGCUUUCACGCCAUCAACCAAAAGGUCAGGGACGUCUCAUAAACCUCCAUACUAUAAAGUAAGAUGUGACAAUAUAACGUCAAAUUUCGACUCUGAAUUCUGUCUCAGGAGAAGCAGAAGACAGGACGUUAAACACGGCGACCCGCUGAGGCAGUGCAGAGGCUUUAACGCCAAAGUUGAGAAACGUCUGAGAGAGACAGUGCAGUUUGGAGUAGAGGGCAGCAGCACCUUCUUGGAGUGUCAGCCUCGUUCUCCCCAGGCCACAGUAAAGUGGCUCUUCCAGAGAGAAGGAAAGAGGAAAGUGCUCAACCGUGCCGAAGGGGUUGUUAAGACCAACCACGGCAUCCUUCUGAAGUCUCUCAACCAAACAGACGCUGGGCUCUACCACUGCCUCGCCACUGAAAACAACUUUAAACACACGGUGACACGCAUUGCGCUGCGCAUCCUUGACCGAGACAUCGUUUUAGCUCUCACCGCUCAAGACGAGGACGAAGAGCCAAAAACCCGUCAGACACGGCCAUACUCGCAGUCCUCCCUCGCCUCUACACCAUUCCCGCCUGAGAUUAGACUGAUCAAUCAGUACUGUCAGUCCUACUGGGAACAAAUCAGUCCCAAACAGCAGCAGCAGCGUAAGCGCACCAGCCGCAGGCACACAGAAAGCCAGGACCAAGGACUCGGCUAGGAGACGGGACCAACGCUGUCCGGCACUGGCCUGUAUAGACUUUAUGGUGGACUUUCAUUUGACACAUCUUUGGGUGUCACUUCUAUUCAUUAGGCAGGCGAUGCUGUCUUUCUGUCCUUAACGUGUAUUGGUGGUUUUGCAAACGCCAGCCCAGUAAAUACAUAUGAAAUAUAUUUUACACUACUGAUGACCACAUUCUAAGUUGUAGCAUACAUUUCUAUUCGCCAAAACACAGCUGUAUUACCAAUGUGGUAAAAAAAAAAAAAAGAAUGAAUAACAGACUGCACAUUGGGGUUGAUCACAUAUUUCACACACACUUUGGUGUUGAUUUGGACAAAGGCUGACUGUGAUGUAAAGUAUAUGUAAGAUAUAGCUAAUGGGCUCCAACACGCAAAAACACAAGUAUGUUCUCUUUUAAGUAUCUUGAAACAGAAAUGUAAUAUAUUGAUUGUGAAUAUAAUAUAUAAGGUCGUGAUGCAGUCAUUGGAUUGCUCUUGCAUAACGAUGACAUGAAUGCAUAUUUUGCAUGCGUACUGUUGUUGUUUGUUGCAAGUUGUACAUUUAACUGUUCUGUUUUCUGGUGUGUUACGAUGUUUGUAAGGUGUAUUGUUUUAUGUUAAGCUAAUUCCAUUGGAUCUUGUCAUACAAUGACUCCCUUACUGUCCUGUGCAUUAGUGACCUGCAGUAUGUGAGUAUUGAGGCUAUGUAUAGCGUACAGUGUUCUUCCAGUCAUGCACUUUGUAGGUGGUGGUAUUUGAGGGAACUGGGGAUUUUUGCACAGACGUUUGAGAAUAUGAUACAGGAACCUACUUUUUUAUGUAUAGUAUGUUAUAAAAAUGGGAACGAAACUGGCUCAGAUUUAGUAUUGUUGGUGUUCUGUCAUAAGCUGUAGUCACAGGUUGGUUUUUGGGUUUGUGUUUUUUUUUUUAAAUGGCUCUUUAAGCAUAUUUUCCACUCGGAGCCGCUUUUCACCUCCAUAGUGAGAAUCACAGUGCUAUGUGUUGUGAUGCUGAUGAAUCCUACACUGGAAGUGUUAGAAAAAAAUAUAAGCAUUUCAGAAUUCUCA